AGUAGUAGUUAAUGUGCAGCAUCCUUGAAUGAAUGAAUCCCUACCAUCCCUCACCACACCCUUCUCUUUCAAUCAUGUCCCAAACCUCUCCCACUUAAGUAACUGCUUACUACUAACCUCUCUCUCUCUCUCUCUCUCUCUUCGCCCCCAGCCAUGAGCGUUCCUCCGCCGCCGCCGCCCCUCUGGACGCCCUUCACGGCGGCGCAGUGGCACGAGCUCGAGCACCAGGCCCUCAUCUUCAAGUACCUCAAGGCCGGCCUCUCCGUCCCCCCCGACCUCCUCCUUCCCAUCCGCAAGAGCCUCCAAUUCCUCUCUCACCCAUCUCUGGGCUACUACGGGAAGAAGAUAGACCCCGAACCGGGUCGGUGCCGGAGAACCGAUGGGAAGAAGUGGAGGUGCUCCAGGGACGCUCACCCUGAUUCCAAGUACUGCGACCGCCACAUGAUACGACGUCGUUACCGUUCAAGAAAGCCUGUGGAAUCUCAAUCUCACUCCUCCUCUUCUUCAUCUUCCGCUUCUUCCAACCCUGUUGCUGCUGCUGCUUCUUCUACAGCUUCUGCUCCUGCUUCUGCUUCCGCAACUGCUUCCACCCUUCACACCCUUCCCUUGCACACCAAUGGCGCCAGGGAAGGUUUCUCUUUCACCCUUGGCAACGCCAACACCAACACCCUCCCCCACCUUCACAUGGACCCCCUCACUCUCCCUGGUGAUUCUGCCAAGAAAACUUAUAGGUUUGGACUGAACUCAGAAGCAGACGAGCACAACGUCUUACAGAAAGAUCUGGGAAGUGUGAGGUAUCAAGGUUAUGACUUUACCUCAGAUGGCAUGUGGUCUCAUAUGUCUCAAAUUCCAUCAAGUACUGUGUCAGAAUCAAGAAGCAGUUCCACUAUGCUAGGCAACUGCUUCCAACAGCAAACAAUGCGAGAUGCUGAACUCUUGAGCCUGGAAACUGCAAGGACCAAGGAACUAGUCUUCAGUGGCCAGUUAAGUUCAUCAGGAAGUUUGAAACAGGAAUAUCAGCCCCCCCAGUCCCUUUUCAGCGACUGGGACUGGAAGAAGGAUUUAAGUUCCUCUACCAUUGAGUAUAGACCCAACAAGGAUUUUAACUGCAAUCCAGAUGUCAAUGUUGAUUCAAAUGGUUCUUUAUAAGGCUUGGACCGAGUGUUUUGGUCUUAUGAUAUGUCGGCAUCCACCCGAAGGAACUGAUCCCCAACAAAUGAAAUUACAAGACCUCAGUCAGUGAUAAAUUUUCUUCCAUAGCAUUUAGCUGCCCCGGGAACCAUGGUUUAAUUUCGUGUUGUUUUCUAAUAUAACUUAAAUACUUGAAGGAGUUAUGCUUUCUUUAGAUGUAAACUUGUAAUAUUUGACUGUUAUCGUUUUUGUUUGUUGUAAUGGCAUGUAGUUUGACUCCUGUCUUCCAUGAUUGUGCUAUUUUUCUGGCAACAAGCAAGCUCACAUGGAUGUUUAAUUAUUGUAUGAAUGAUUGUGAAUGAA